GGGAAGGAUGAUGUCAUAGAUUUCAGUCUGAGCCAUGAAAAAAGCAGGUGCCUGCAGCGUCCCUUCUUUACUUUCACUACGGUCUCUAGCUCUUUACCAAAUAUCAGCGUCAGCAUCAGGACUCUUCGAGGGCAAAGAGUGACAAAUUGCAGACGCAAAAACCGUUCAGGUAGGCUGGAGUAAACAAAGCGGACCUCCCACCCCCACAUCACGUCGGCUGGAUUUCAGUGGGUCAUCAAUCGACGUUAUCGUUAAAUGAAAGGCAUGGUAUGAACCAAAAUAUUGGAGCAAGCACGGAGCUACAUUCAGUCUUCAUUUUUGCCGUUGUUCUGUAGUAUGAGCAGACGGCAGUGUGGAGAAGGUAGUCCUGCCCAGAAAGGAGGAGGAGUAGGAGAAACACGCAAAAGGGUGUCGACGGAGAUAGGCAGGAGUGGAGGAGAAGAGGAGGGGAGGAACGGAGGAUAAAUAAUAGAGUAGGCUAAUAUUUCAAGAUUCUAAUAAUGGCGGCUAAAUCAGACGGGGUACUAAAGAUGAAGAAGAGCGACGUGGCCUUCACCCCCCUGCAGAAUUCAGAGCACUCUGGCUCGGUGCAGGGACUCCACCCGGGCGGCCAGCCCGACUCUGCGGGCACUGGGGACGGUGACUUUGCCAACGGGGAGUCGCGGUGCUGCGGCGGUGGAAGCUCCAACUCGACGUGCCUUCGACUAGGAAGGGAGCAGCAGAAAUACACGGUGUGGGACGGCUUGUGGAUCGUAGCGGCUGUGGUAGUGUAUCUGGCAGAUGUGGGCACCGACGUGUGGCUAUCGGCCGACUACUACCUCCGUCGCGACUACUGGUGGUUCGGCCUGACGCUUUUCUUCGUGGUGCUGGGCUCCUUCUCGGUGCAGCUCUUUAGCUUCAGAUGGUUUGUUCAUGACUUCAGCACCGACGACAGCACCGAUUCUGUCGCGGAUUGCUCCCACAUGGAUGGGAAUAAGCUGCUGAGCGGCUCGGCCUCACAUGGGGACGUUACCUCUCAACAUCACCCAGCCACGCCGCAGAGACAGGCGUCGACCGCUAGCAAGAACACCACGACCAACAGCACCGCGAGUACCGCCCUGGGCGGCAGAUACAGAAAACGAUCAGCCUACUACUCCUUCUGCGUCUGGUUCGGUCAAUCCGUCAUCCACAUCCUUCAGUUGGGCCAGAUAUGGAGGUAUUUCCAUACUAUCUACCUGGGCAUUCGGAGUCGUCAGAGUGCUGAGACAGAGCGUUGGCGUUACUACUGGAGAAUGGUAUAUCAGUUUGCAGAUGUGAGCAUGUUGCAUCUAUUGGCCACCUUUCUGGAGAGCGCUCCACAACUGGUGCUGCAACUGUGCAUCAUCAUACAGACACACAAGCUUCAGGCUGUGCAAGGUAUGACAGCAGCAGCCUCUCUCGUCUCUCUGGCCUGGGCUUUGGCCUCUUACCAGAAGGCACUGCGAGAAUCUCGGGAUGACAAGAAGCCCAUCAGCUACCUGGCUGUCAUAAUUCAGUUCUGCUGGCACUUCUUCACCAUAGCAGCCAGAGUCAUCACUUUUGCGCUGUUUGCCUCUGUGUUCCAACUCUAUUUUGGCAUCUUUAUUGUUCUGCACUGGUGCAUCAUGACCUUCUGGAUUGUCCACUGCGAGACAGACUUCUGUAUCAGCAAGUGGGAGGAGAUUGUGUUUGACAUGGUGGUAGGCAUAAUCUACAUCUUUUCCUGGUUCAACGUCAAAGAGGGACGAACAAGGUGUCGGCUUUUCAUCUAUUACCUGGUGAUCCUGGUGGAGAAUGCUGCUCUCAGUGCAUUGUGGUAUCUCUACCGAUUACCUCAUACCACUGACGCCUUUGCUGUGCCAGCCCUCUGUGUCAUUUAUAGCAGUUUCCUUACUGGUGUGGUUUUCAUGCUAAUGUACUAUGCCUUUUUCCAUCCCAAUGGGCCCCGCUUUGGACGUUCACCAAGUGUCCAAGACCUCGACCUAGACCCCACUGCUCAGUUCUCCACACUACCAUCUGAAGGGGCCACCAACUCACUGCGCUCCAACCGGGGUGCCAUUACAACCCUGGAGCGUGACAUGGGAAAGUAUUCUGAGCGGGACGGCUGCAUGCCAGUGUUUCAGGUCCGACCCACAGUGCCGUCUACACCAUCGUCUCGCGCUCCACGCUUUGAAGAGACCGUCAUUAAGAUUGAUCUUUGUAGGAACCGCUACCCUGCCUGGGAGCGUCACGUCCUUGACCGCAGUAUACGCAAAGCAAUCCUGGCCAUAGACUGCUCCCUGACUCCUCCACGGCUGCAGUACAAAGAUGAUGCUCUGGUGCAAGAGCGGUUGGAAUAUGAGACCACACUAUAGGUCUGCUCUGCUCUCAGGACCCAUACAUGGAUGCAGCAUCAGAGGGUUAUCCUGAUAUCAUAAACAAAAACAGGGACUAUGGCAAUAAGAAUUUAUUACUAGCAACAAUGUCACUCCUCAACUUAUAUUUCCCUUUUUCUUUUUUUAUUACCCAACAUUAGUGCCCACCCAGGAGCAUUCAGGACUGUUGAUAGUGACUGGAGGAGUGGUUUGGCACUAGUUUAUUUUAUGUCACAGAUGUGUUUGAAUUGUUUGUUGUGUUGUUGUUACUAGACAAGAAAAUCCUGUCAGGGAUACCAGAAAGGGACACCAGAAUAGGUAUUUUGUCCAUGCCUGCCUGGUAUGAACUAAAUGCAGAAAAGUAGCAGAGUGCUUUGAGAUUCUGCUCAAACCCAACAAAAGACUGAUGCAGGAUUAAGGAUAAAAUAAGAUGUCCAUUAUUAGAUAUUUUACUUUACCCUAAAUGACACCUGAAUUACAUAUACAUUGCUCCAAUGUAAUGUGGACAGGAAGUGAUUCCUCAUUCACAAACAGUAGAAACUUGAAAUUGUUGUAUCCGUAUUAAUGUGUUAGGAUCCUACUGCUUGGAAGUACUGAUGAUGUGAUCCCAUACCAGCCACAACCGGGUAUGUACUUCCAUUACUUCCAUCAAUAUCUCCAUGCUAAAACUCAUCACUCCCACUCUCAUUGUGCCAAAAAGAUUCCUUGGAAACUUCCUCUGGUUCUGAUGAACAACUUAAGGAUGACAGGUCCCAAAAGUUCUUCUUUGGCCUAAACCAUUCAUUCUCCUUGGAUAAUUCUUAUCUACACUGAAAGUAGGUCAGGCAGAAAGUGGACUAAGAGGCCAAAGUAGCAUCUAUACGCAUUCUGUCAGUCAAUUGUGUUUGGAUUAAAUCUACCAAACCUGGCAGGAUGGAAGAAAAGGGAGCAAGAAAAAUGGAGUGGAAAUUGAACAGACACAAGCUCACAGUCCUACUCCCAUAAUGAAAAAGGUCAAAAUCAUACAAUGCCAAGAAAAAAAUCUUCCUGGCAGCUCAAGUCAGGUAUGUGCAGUCCAGCCUCAUAAACCUGACUGUGGAAUGAUAAUGAUCUUGGCUUGUCCAUGGAGGAGAAUCCAGAGCAAAGAGCAAAAAGGAGAGGAAAUUGCCAGACAAUGAAUAGGUGAAGACAGGAGAGAAAGAUGCAGGAAAUGGAAAUAAGUUGAGGAUAAAGAAGAAAGAAAACACAGACAAGCAGCCAUCUCAGCCAAACUAAAUCAACCGCCAGGAUGUGUACAGUGCUCUGAUACAACAUGCAGCAUUUUUUUUACUUUAGCAAUUAAGUAGAAGGUACGGAAAUCAUUGUAAUUCUGUUUCUUUUGUGGAUAAAUGUGUAUGUAUUGGCAAUAUGUUGUGUGUGUGUGUGUGUGUGUGUGUGUGUGCAUGAGUGUGGAGUGGUGUGUGGACAACAGAAGUAGCUCAGGAGGAAAUGUGGGUGGAUGCUUGAAUAUGCACUUUACUGUAAUCAGUCAGUGAAGGUACAUGUUGACACAUCAACUUCUAGGAAGUGUUCCUGGUUUUGUUGUCCAUCUGACCCAGUGACAUCUUUUAACGUUUUAACACAUUACAGCCAAGCCACACAACACAGGUGUGUCACUAUGAAAGUUGAGACAGGAUUUUCAUACCACAUAACAUGGUUUGUCAAUGGAAAAACAAACAAACAAAAAACAGUAUUAUGCAGAGGUAGGUUUUGCCUUUCAAAAAAAGAAUUAAUGCACAUGAUGGGAGAUAGAAACACCUUUUUAGUUAGUUACAACAUAGCAAACACUGGCUGAUAUACACUACCAGUCAAAAGAAUGACAAAGUGUGUCCAAACUUUUGACUGGUAGUGUAACUGAUCUUGUUUUUUUUUUCACAUCUUACAUUGUCUUCUUUGUGGGAAGCAGGAAACAUAAUCAAUGCCAAUAGACAUAAAAGAAGAAUUGCAAUUGAAACUACUCCUAAAGAGCUCUCUCCAUUUUUAUUGUGUAUAGAUGGCCAAAGUUUUGUUUGUUUCUUCUUUGAGGAAGACAUCUAGCUUCUCAUUUACAACAGGGCACUGGAAUAGUGUUCACACAGUUUUCUAUUUAUUACUUCUGCCCCUCAGACACAGAAUGUUCAGAUUUGACUCCAACCUGUCAACAGCAAAUGACCCAAGCUAGAAGAGACAGUCAGAUGUUUCAAGUGUGACAUCUGAUCAGGACAAGUUCAACCUGUUGUCUUGAUCAGGUGUCACACUGUUUAGCCACAACAUAUAAACUGCAUGCCAUCAAGCAGUUAAGACAUGGACUCUUAUGGCAUUAGGCAAACUGUUAGCAGCAGAUCUUUACAGUUCUGAAGUUGCAAGGCGGGGCCUCAAUGAAUCAGAUUUGCUUUUCUGGUAUACCCCCAAGGAUUUUUAUCAAACUGAGAUCUGUGGAAUUUUGAGGCCAAGUAAACAUGUUAAACACCUUGUAUUCUUCCCCAAACCAUUUCUGAACAAUUUCCUGCACAUUUUUGCACUGUGCGGGUGCAAUAUCCUAUGUAAAGAGACCACUACAAAGAAAAGGUGUACAGGUACAAGGCUGGCUUGCCUUCUUCCCAUAGUAAUAAUGCUUACAACUUUUUCCUAGGUAAAUGGCACAUAGACAUCCGGCCAUUCACAUGGUGCAAAACAAAUGGAUUCCCCAGACCAGGUUACCUAGCAGGUCACAAAGUCACAACUUGGCCAAAAGCCUUAACAUCCCCAGUUAUCUGAUUCAGAGAGACUGAGAUGGCAGAAAGAAUGGAGAGCUGUGCCAUCUCCAGCAGCCCCACCCUCCCAGCCCAAACAACUUGAUUUCAAGGAAUACCUGGAGACCAGAGGCCAUGACAUCCUCACACAGAUGAGCUGUCAGCUAAAUCCACCAUAUUAAGAGUCAAGGCAGUGCUAUUCAGAUGGUAACAGUGUGUCUGUUCCGGUUAGCUUUUGUAAUUUGUGAUGUCACAAGUGCAUGUGUUUUAUUUCUUUAUUUCUAUGAAGGAUGGAAAGAGAAAAUAAAAGCACAAAGCAAGUGAAGGUAAUUUUACAGACACCUUUCCAUCCUGCUCAACCAAACAAGCCCUGUGUUUGAAUUCUAAAUUAUGUUUUGUUGUGUUACAGAAGAAAGCAGAACAGAAUAUUAUAUAUGGUUCAUAAUAGAGCGGAAGCAUAAGUCACUUUAAACUUUAACUUAAUUUUUUACUUACUGCUUAAUUAUCAUGUUUUUCACCGCACAGCUGAGUGUGUGAAUGUAUGCUCUCAUCAGAGGUGCAUGCAGUGUUACUAUUCUGAGGAUAUUUUAGUAGACAGUUUAAAUAACAGCUGCUCCAGCAGUUUAUUUUUAUUUUAUUUACCUUUUAUGCAAAUUUGAAUUUUUGGUAUAUUUAAAAAGGAGUUGCACUGAUUUUACACAUCAGUGUGUUUAUAGGUGUUUGGAUGUAACAGUGUUCAUGUGAAAAAACUGUAAACAUAAGGUCUUUUGUGACUCCAGUGGAAGCAAAAUAUUGGAGAAAUAUCCUGAAGGGAUGUCACUUGAGUCAAUAUUGGACUGAUGACUAAAAGUUUGAAAAAUAAUUAAAUCAUGGAUUUUGAAAGAGGAGAUAUUUUGAGACUUCUGUAGCCUGCAGUUUGUCUCUGUUGCAGGCUCUGUUAUCUAUUGCGAACGUAAUAUUUGUAAAGUUCUAACUGAACUGUCAGUGGUUGAGUGUCAUUGUGGGUAAUAUAGACAGCAGAGGGUUUUGUUGUACAUUUGUUUGGAUUCCUGUGUGUUCAUUUUCAAAUAGAAAAAGCAUGGGUUUCAGAAUGACACAAUACUGUUAAAGUUAACAAAAGGCACACACUGCAUAAGUCUGCAUUUAAAAAGCUCUUUAGGAGCUGUCUGCCUGUUAGGCAACAGACCAAGUCCACACCGAAAAAAACCCAUUAUCACUCAGUCUGAAUUCAUUAUUUAAUCGACAAAUUUUGACAUAAUACAUAUUGCUGAUGACAGGAGGUAAAGAAUUUAGAGCACAAUGAAAAGUGUUAAGGUCAGUGGCAUCACACUGGACUAGGACAUUCUUCAGUAAAAUAGAUCCAGCAGGAGAUAGUCUCUAUUGUUAGCUAAACUGACAAGGAUUUGUGGGGGAAAAACAUGUUUUAAAUGCUUCAGGUCUUUAUGAAAAGCAUAAAUGCAAUGGCAUUAUUUUAUACACUUAUUUAUUCACUUGGUCUGUUUCUUUGUAAAACAGAUGCUAAAAUGAACACACGUGGACAAAAUAGUUGGUACCCACCGGUUAACCAAAGAAAAACCCACAAUGGUCACAGAAAUAAUUUGAAUCUGACAAAAGUAAUAAUAAAUAAAAAUUCUAUGAAAAUUAACCAAUGAAAAUCAGACAUUGCUUUUGAACCAUGGUUUAACAGAAAUAUUUUUAAAAAUAAACUCAUGAAACAGGCCUGGAAAAAAUGAUGGUACCCCUAGAAACGACUUAAAAUAAUGUGACCAUAGGGACAUGUUCCAUCAAGGUGUGUCCUCUAAUUAGCAUCACAGGUGUCUACAAACUUGUAAUCAGUCAGUCAGCCUAUUUAUAGGGUUACAGUAGUCACUGUGCUGUUUGGUGACAUGGUGUGUACCACACUAAACAUGGACCAGAGGAAGCCAAGGAGAGAGUUGUCUCAGGAGAUUAGAAAGAAAAUUAUAGACAAGCAUGUUAAAGGUAAAUGCUAUAAGACCAUCUCCAAGCAGCUUGAUGUUCCUGUGACUACAGUUGCACAUAUUAUUCAGAAAUUUAAAAUCCAUGGGACUGUAGCCAACCUCCCUGGACGUGGCAGCAGGAGGAAAAUUGAUGACAAAUGGAAGAGAUGGAUAAUACAAAUGGUAACAAAAGAACCCAGAACAACCUCUAAAGACAUUAAAGGUGAACUCCAAGGUCAAGGUACAUCAGUGUCAGAUCUCACCAUCCGUCGUUGUUUAAGCCAAAGUGGACUUCAUGGGAGACGACCAAGGAGGACACCAUUGUUGAAAACAAAUCAUAAAAAAGCCAGACUGGAAUUUUCCAAACUGCAUGUUGACAGGCCACAAAGCUUCUGGGAGAAUGUCCUAUGGACAGAUGAGACAAAACUGGAACUUUUUGGCACAUCAGCUCUAUGUUCACAGACGCAAAAAUGAAGCAUAUGAAGAAAAGAACACUGUCCCUACUGUGAAACAUGGAGGAGGCUCUGUUAUGUUCUGGGGCUGCUUUGCUGCAUCUGGAACAGGGUGUCUUGAAUCUAUGCAGGGUACAAUGAAAUCUCAUGACUAUCAAGGUAUUCUAGAGAGAAAUGUGCUGCCCAGUGUCAGAAAGCUUGGUCUCAGUCGCAGGUCAUGAGUCUUGCAACAGGAUAAUGACCCAAAACACAGCUAGAAACAGCCAAGAAUGGCUAAGAGGAAAACAUUGGACUAUUCUGAAAUGGCCUAUGAGCCCUGAUCUAAAUCCUACUGAACAUCUGUGGAAGGAGCUGAAACAUGCUGUCUGGAGAAGGAACCCUUCAAACCUGAGACAACUGGAGCAGUCUGCUCAUGAGGAGUGGACCAGAAUACCUGCUGAGAGGUGCAGAAGUCUCACUGACAGUUACACAAAUGGUUUGAUUGCAGUGAUUGCCUCAAAAGGUUGUGCAACAAAAUAUUAAGUUAAGGGUACCAUCAUUUUUGUCCAGGCCUGUUUCAUGAAUUUAUUUUUUAAAAUAAUUCUGUUGAAACAUGGUUCAAAAGCAAUGUCUGAUUUUCAUUGGUUAAUUUUCAUAGAAUUUUAAUUUAUUAUUACUUUUGUCAGAUUCAAAUUAUUUCUGUGUCCAUUGUGCGUUUUUCUUUCAUUAACCGAGGGGUACCAACAAUUUUGUCCACGUGUGUAGGUAACUGAAUAAUGGACAACAAAGAUGUCUGAAAUUUGAAAAACAGAUUUCCUAUGUAAAUGGUCUGUACUUAAAAUGUGUCUUUUUUAAUCUUUGCUAGGUUUCACAAAACAUUUUCCAAUGUGUUUCUCAUUCACCCACACACAGACACACCAAUGGCAGCAUAGCUGUCAUGCAAAGUGCUUACGUAUGUGUAGCCUACUCUGUGUAAAAGCAACCUUAUAUUAUUUUAAAGAUACAUCAAAACAUUUAUCGACAUUUAUUUUCAGGAACUCCUAAAUCCAGUGUAGCCUUUGUUAUGCAUCACCAUUUCCUGAAUUAAAUCAUGAUAUAUACUAACUUGUGUUGAGCAUAGAGCUACCUCAGUUUGUUUCAUGAACAGAAUACCCAUUCAUUGGCAUUACAUCUUCUUCUGUAACACAGAUGACAAUAAUAAUACCUUGCCCAAAAUAAAAUUGAAAGUUCAAUUGACAAACCAUAUUCAGUCCUCCAAAGACUGAUGUCGAUGAAAAGGUAGUUUCCCCCUUACUGAAUGGGCUCACAAUUCUUUUUCAAUUUGGCAAUAAUUAUAAAGCCUGCAUAAAAAAAAUAAAUUCUUCUUUUAUAUGUCAUGCAUAUUACAGUACUGAAUUACCGUGCAGGGUUUUACAGUACUGAGUCCUUGGAUUAGAAAUUUAGUGUUUAAUAAAAACAACCAUUGCAGCAGGGGGACUGGUCUGGCUUGUUUCUAUAUUUAAAGCAAUGAUUUUGUUUAAUUUCACAGUUGAAACAAAAGAAAUGGGAUGAGGUGCUGUCAUAAAAGGGAAUCUUCCAUUAAGGUUUCACAGGUGCUUAUCUAACAUCGGACUGGUGGUGGGUAUCUUGCUAACUGCAGGAAGUGUAUCAGAGGCAGGAUAUGACACAUCAACAGACCUCUCUCACUCUGGUCAUAACUCUAAAAAGCUGCUUUCUAUGUUUUGUUUGCCUUAAAGAAAAUAUAUUUCUGUUUUUGACUUUAUUUCAAACACAUUACUCAUAUUAGGAUAUUGUUUGUCUGAAAGCACUGCUGAAUUUUCUGAUUAGCUUGGUUUGUGUGUGUGUGCACGUGUGAAAUGAUGUGUAUGCUGUUUCUUCACAAUCGUGUCAACAGCAGUUACUGUGCUUCUACUAGGACUGCACCACUGCCCAGUUAGGAGGUUGUAUAGACCUCAGUACUCUGGGUCUAAUGAAAGGCUUUGUGUCCAGCAUGGCUGACUGCUGAUUCUCUGUGCUUGUCACACAAAGCAUCAGCUGUGACUGUAAUACAAAAAAGUGCAACCAAUGUAGAGAAGCACAACACAUAAAAAAAACAUUUACUGUUGUGUUCCUAUUGUUCAUUAGUUGCUGUUUGAAAAAACAUUAUCAACCAGUUAAUUUACAUCUUGAUUGAUUUUGGAUCAUUUAAUUGUGUUUGGGGAUUACAUAAUCACCUCUAACCAUUAAGGAUAUAAUAAUACGUGGGUAACACAAUAUUAAAAUAAUCUUAGCACAAAGUCAAAACCUUAAUUAGUUUCAUUAUCCCAAAAAUAGCUACUGAUGUAAAGAAAGAUAAUGGAAAAAACAAUGUGCAUGGAGACAUGUCCCACAUCCAACAAAACUAGAUGGGUUUGGUGGUAGGAAACUAGUGAAGGAUCAUGUCCUUGUUUCACGUCUACUGCUCACUUGGGCGAGGGUGGUAUAGAGGUAUAACAUGCAACAACAAUGACCCACCAACAGUCAACAUUGGUUCCUUUUUAUAAUGACCAAAGACAAACAGUUUUAGUUACCUAAAAGUAACUACAGUUCAGACAGAUCAGAAAUUGUCAUAUGUAUUAUUUUUUAAGGUGCUGAAGUACAUCUAUAUCUCCACAGGAAAACUCUAGGUAGCUAGCAAUGACAAAAAUUGCAGUUAUUCCACAAGCACACCACUCUGCUAAGAAAGUCAGCACACCGCAGUAAUAUCGAUACCCUUUGUACCUCCCUGAGAUGUGAAUAGGCAGUGUUUCUUGUGAGCAUCUUGGAGGUCAGCCUAUGUCUGUGCAUCACCUGUAAUGGAUCAAAGCUCUGCUGCAGCAGUCUGUAGUUUUACGCCAAACAGGCUUUGUUGUCUAACUAGACAAAAAAAUGUUCUUUAUUUGGAUAGUCAGGUCAAGAUCUAAAAGAGUUUCAGACUAUCCAGCCUUAGUACAAGCACAGUAACCAGCAGAUGAAUAAUGGUAGGAUUUCAGUCACACUUGUAUAAUCAUUCUGUACAGAUGUAUGUUUAGAGAAUGGGUUGAUUAUGGAGUACCAUAGACAUUGAUCUGAUCAGCUCAAAUGCUUAUCUGUAAAUAAAUGUAUGCAAAGUGUAUAUGUCAAAAAAGAACAUUCCUCUCUUUCUGAGUUCUGACUGUGAAGGGUGUCUUUAGAGGUUUGAUGCCACUGUGAUGGCUGUAACUAUGACAAUAUACUACAAAUAAAAAAGAUAUAUGUGGUGUAUGUGGUGUAUUUUAAAAAAGAUACAGAUGUUUAACACAAAAAAACAUUGGUCUUUUCAGUAAGUGGCAUUGUGUGAUGAAAGUCUGAAACGCUAAGCAUUCAACAUUUUAGUGUAAAAACAAAGAGUGAUAAAAUGAUGAAAAUUACAUUUUUGUAUAUAUUGGAUUUUUGUAAAUUUUUAUUUGAAUUUAAUGCAACACAAACUACCCAAAUUCAUUUAAUAAAGUACACUGUGGUCAUUUU